GAGACCCGGGCCCUGGCCGCGUGUACCCGGCCGCUCGCAUCCUCUCCGCUCCAAGCACCCAAGUUCUGAAAGGAAGCAACGUCCACUACAAAGCCCUGGCGGCAGUCGGUCUACCCGCCGGCCGCCCGGGUGCUAGCCGGCGGGAGGCGGGAGUCUGAAGCCCCCACGCGUACCUCGCCCCCAACGGCCCUCCGCUCGCGCCGCUACCAUUGCGAGGUCGAGGCGGCGGGGCCGACGCCCAUUGGCUUGCCUCAGCCCUCCGCCCGCCCCCUCGCCGCGUUUAUUGGUCGGAGCAGCGGCGCCCGCGGGAUAGGCGGUGGCGGCGCCCCUCCCUCGCGCCGGCCCUCAAGAGGGCGACGAGGAAGCGGCCGCCUCCCUGCGCCCCGCCCCACGGGCUUGCUCGGUGGCUCCGGCUCCUCCCGACUUCUCCCGGCUCCUCCCGGCAGUCUCCCGGCUCCCUCCGGCUUCGGCUCAGGCGCAGCGGCGGCGGGCAGUUGCAGUGGUGCAAAAUGGCUGACCUCAGUCUUGCAGAUGCAUUAACAGAGCCACCUCCAGAAAUUGAGGAAGAGAUAAAACGGGACUUUAUUGCCACGCUGGAGGCAGAGGCCUUUGAUGAUGUUGUGGGAGAAACUGUUGGAAAAACAGACUAUAUUCCUCUUCUGGAUGUUGAUGAGAAAACCGGGAAUUCAGAAUCAAAGAAGAAAUCAUGCUCAGAUACUAGCCAGGUUGAAGGUACUCCCUCCAAGCCAACAGGGCUAGCCAAUGGUGACCAUGGAAUAGAAGGGAAUGAAACUACGGGUUCUCCAACUCCAUUUCUUGAAGAGAAGAUGGCCUACCAGGGAUAUCAGAACAUCCAGAGCUGGCCAGAAAAUACAAACUUUUGCUUUGAACCAGAACAGUUGGUGAAUCCUACCCAGACUGAUCCCUUUAAGAUGCACCAUGAUGAUGGCCUGGAGGAUUUUCUCUUUCUCCCCAGUGGAACAAGCAAUACUUCAGGAUUUGCAGAACGAAAUGAUCCCCUGCAAGACAGUUAUGGUCUAUUUCCCUGUGACACCUUUGCUCCUGCAGCUGUUGUACCUCAGGGGUGGCCUGUGGAAGCCCCAAACUCUCCAUACUCGGAAUCCUUCAUUUUGCCAGAGGCCGUACCACAACCUCAGCAGCCCACAGCAGAGCUAGCCAAAGAGGUAGAAGUGACAUCAGCAGAAGAGAGGGCACCAGCAGAAGCAUUGGAAAUCAUGAUGGGACUGAAGGCUGCUGACAUGGCCCCAUCUAGAGAAACAGAGAUGUCUCCAGCCAAGGACAUGGUGCCAGCCACAGAAACAGAGGUGGCAUUGGCUAAAGACCUGGAACCAUCCACCAAAUCAGAUGUGACACUGGCUGAGGACGUGGAAUCAUCUAUCAAAUCAGAUAUCGUCAAGGACAUACUACCCAGAGAAACAGAAGAAGCCCCAGUUAAGGGUGCUGUAUUGUCUGCAGAAACUGAUGUAUCUUUAGCCAAGGACAUGGUACUGCCCACAGAAACAGAGGUAGCCCCAGCCAAGGAUGUAUUACCAUUCAAAGAAACAGAGAGGGCCCCACCUGUAAGCCCUAUAAAAAUGGAUGUGUCCCCAGAUGAGGGCAUGGUACCACCUACAGACAAAGAGAUGGCCCCAGCCAAGGGUGUGGUAUCUCUCUCAGAAAUAGAAGUGGCACUGGCUAAGGAUGUUGUAUCAUCUACAGAAAUGUCCCCAGCCAAGGAGGUGGCCUUAUCCCCAGACACAGAGGUGGCCCUGACUGGGGACAUGGUGCUGCCUCCAGAAACCAAGGUGAUUUUGACCGAGGAUGUGGCACUGCUCCCAGAAACAGAGGUGGCCCUGGCCAAGGAUAUGGAUCCACACCCAGCUGCAGAAAAGGCACCAGUGAAGGAUGUGGCUCCAUCCCCAGAACCAGAGUUGGCCCUGGGCAAGGAUGUGCUUUCACCUAUAGAAACAGAGGUGGCUCUGGGCGAGAAUGUGGCUGUACCCCCAGAAACAGAAGUAACCCCGGUCAAGGAUGUGCCUCUGCCUCCAGAAACAGAGUUAGCCCUGGCUUCGAAAGUGGCUCCACCCCCUGGGACAGAGGGGACUCUGGCCAACAGUGUGAGUCCAGCCCAGGUUGCUACAUUGCUCUCAGAAACAGAGGUGGCACCGACUCCAGUUAAGGAUGUGCAUGCUGCAGGGACAUGGGAAGAAGCAGAGGAGUCGCAGUUAAAAUCUCUCAAGAACGAGGGGCAGUCAGCUGCAUCUACCUUGGUCAUGUCUCCAGAACCAGUCACAGCUGUGGGGCAAAAGUCCACCUUGCCAGCAGAUGACGAUUCUGUGUUAGAGAAACAAGAGCAAAAGAAACCAUUCAGUAGUCAACCUUCUGAACUUCCUUCCGAGACCUCGGGUACCCCUCCCACACAAGGCAAACAAGUGUACAGACCUAGUGACCGCAGGUCCACUCGGCCCAGGCCUGCCAGGGUCCCUCCUGAGCUGCUGGGAGGCUCUUCUCCACGGAAGACUCUCGAUCCUGGGCUGGGCCCCUGCUCUUUGUCUGAAUUGGGUUGGGUCUCUGGUCCGUCUACCUAUGGUGAGCCUGGGAACCAAAGGAAAACUACUCAUCUGGACUUCCUUGAACCCAAGCGAGAUCUUGGCAGGGAGGCCUGGGAUAUAGAGAGCCCACCAAUGAUGAUGAAGAAAAAAAAGAAGAAACCAAAGCAAAAAAGAUAUUCUCAGCCCCGGCCUGGGGGACCUUGGGAUGAUGACAGUGCAGAUGACCGUAAAGGUCAUCCCUUUGUAGCAGACCCACAGAAAUCAGGGGUUCUCCCCAGCCUGCCUACCCCUGUGGGCAUGGAAUAUGGACUGGCAUCCAGAGAAAACUUAAAAAAGGAAUGUGAAGUGGAGUCCAGAGCCACCAAACUGGUAGCAGAAAACUUUGUCUCAGAAAGUCUCAACGUGCCUUUGUGUCCUUUGGAAGAAUCCCUGAAAACUGCAGGAAGUUCUCAGCCCAAGAUGGGAAUAGAUGGGAAAGUCGGUGGUAACAAGGCAAUACCACUGGGCCAGGACCAGAAAUGGCUACAGCCAGGUGAAGGCAAACCAGAGCCUGCACCCCACCUAACGAGUCCCAUGGAUGAAAACCGGACAAUGGGUUCGUCUGUUCUGAAAGGACCCCAGACCGAAGUUUCUGCACACAAAAUACAAAUUCCUUUGGAGAUCAGGCCCAAAGAGGGUUGCUCUCCUGUCUUGUACCAAGAGGCCAUGGGUGGGGUUUCAAAACCCAGAGCCGCAAAAGAACUGCCUUAUCCGGUGCCCACUUUGCCAACAGGUACCUCAUUAGGAAUUAGUCCAGCAGAAGCGAAUGAUGAGAGUAAAGUGACUAAAUUGCAGAAAGACGAGCAGGCAGGAACUGAAGGAACUAAAGAGGUUAAAGGAACUGAAGAGAUUAAAGAACUAACAAAGGAAGCUCCUCCCAAGCCAGGUCAGGAGACAAGCAUUUUGGCUUCCAAGCAGUCCCAGGAUGAGGUGUUGAGGCCUGGGCUGGAGAAUCCGCCAUCUCAGAGAACAGCAGGGGAUGGCAGAAACAGGAAGGCAAGGGCAGGUUCUGGGAAAGUGAGAACCAGUUCUGGGAAGGGAAGAGCAAGAUCUGAGCCCCCAUUUCUUACAGACAGCUGGAAGGAUGGCCCAGCUGUUCUCGGGCCAAGUGAGGCAGCCCCUAAAACCGAAAGAACACCUGAUGGGGAGAAGAGUGAGGAGCUGGGUUCUUCAAAGCAACCAGGGACCCCAGUGAGUCUCACGGAGGCUGUGGAGACGGGUGAUGCGAGGGGGCCCAGCGCCUCGCACAUGUUGAUUCCUUUGGGAAGUGAGUCAGGCACGACUCAGACUUCUGGCGCUAGAACAGAAAGGGGGGCCUCAGCUGUAGAUAGGGGUGUCAGUAACCAGAGCAAGGAAGGAGCGUGUCCUUGGAUGGGUAGUGAGGCAGCUCCCUGGAUUUCUGAAAAGCCUAAAAAAAGGGGUAGUGAGGGCAAAAACAAAAAGUUCAAAAAUAAUUAUUCCACACAGCCUGCUAGAAUGGAGAACAAGGAAGAAACCCCCAACCCACCUUCUGUAGGGAAGGAUAGAGAUGCUGGGAGUACUCCUCAUCCAAACAAGGACUUAGAACUCUCUUCCCCCUUGAAUCAUGAUCCCUUGUCCUCACGUCCAUCAGCUCUUCCCACAGUGGAAGUAGGUGAACAGAAGGGGCGGAACGAGGAGGUUAAUUCUUUUGAGCUUGGGGCUCUUGGUGGGAACAAGACAGACAUAGUCAAGGACGCCGCUGUUACUGAACCAGCUACCAAGGUGACAGAUGUGAGCUGCCAAGACCAAAUCCAGGGGGCAGGAUUUGUCCCUGCAGUACUGUCUGCAGAGAAUAAGACAGAUGCAGCCAAGGGACACGCUGCAGUGGCUGACAAACCAAAUGAAAGGAGCAAUGAUGGAAAAAGUAAAAAGGUUAAAAAUAGUUUUCCCGAGAAGCAUCUUCUGGAGAAUACGAUAGAUGCAUCAGAAAUACAUGUUCCCAUGGAAACCACUGGGGACCACAGAACUGAAGGAAUGGGCUAUGUGGAUGAAAAUAGAAAUAUCACAUUUACCUGCCCCAGAAUGCUCCCAGGGUUGAUGAAUAAGUCAGCCCCUCCAGAGGCUCUGGAGUCAGCAGCCCGUGAAGGACUGCCCGCUCCUGCUUCUCAAGUAGUAAAAGAGGGUGAAUCUGUUCCAAAGCCCUUGGCAGAAAGUGGGCAAGAGACAACUCCAGCCCAGUUGUCCAAAUUAUUAGUGGUAGAUAACUGCAGCAGAGAUGGAGUCCCAGCUCAGGAAAGACCCAAGGCCCCCUCUGCUGUCACACCUUCUGCAAGCACAGGAGGAGAGGUUGCCCUCACUCUCACAGCAGCUGUAGACACCGUUAACAGCCAGGGAGGUAACACUCUUAAGAAUAAAGGUGAGCUUGCUGGUCCCCUCAGGACUGAAGCAGAGAUAAAUGGAGGAUCUGGGAAGGGAGGCUCUGAGUCAGUGCCCAGGGCUGCAGCUAAGCAUUCGAUAGAAAAAACCACAGAGGUUGCAGAGAGACACCUUUCUGGAAUGCCAGUAGAAGACCAGAGCCUACAAGGUGAGGGCAGAGUCCUAGAAGCAUGUGCAGAUAGGAAUAAUUUUCCAACACACCCAGUUAACAAAAAGAAAGAGUCUGAGGAAGGUUCUGCUCCAGUUCUGAUUCCUGACUUACUGGGAGACAAAGCACAAAAGCCCAGUUUCUCUGAGGACCAAAAUGCUGACAGUCGAGAUUCCAAGGACCCAGACAGUUUGAAUAAGGAGGUAGAUAGAGCCCUUUUGCCUCCAACAAGUGAAAAAAAGAAAGUGGAAGAAGUUAACCUGGCUUCUGAAAUCACCAAAUCCGGAUAUAUUUCCGCGGCCACAUCAGAAUUUGAGUCAGAUUUGUUAGAUGGCAGGGCUGCCGCUACUCCAUCGCCGGCGGUAGAUAAGUUGGUAGUGCCUCCUCCCAAGGAUCCUGAACUCCCAGAACCCAAGGAUAAGAUCUCGGAGGCCCCUGACAAAAUGACUGAAAAGUCUGAGCGGAAGGCACCAGGAGAAGGCAACAAGGAAGAUAAAAGCAGAGUGGCAGAGCCACUGAAAGGCUACAUGAGACCUACCAAGUCCCGAGGCCUUACUCCACUUUUGCCGAAGUCUACUGUCCAGGAACGAGAGAGAGCCAGACAACUGAAGUCCGGCGGAAUAAGUAAGCCAGAAGAAGGCCGGCCUGCGGGGAGUGUGACCGGAAAUGACAUCACCGCCCCUCCAAACAAGGAGCUCCCACCAAGCCCAGAGAAGAAAACAAAGCUUUUGGUCACCACUCAACCUGCAAAGACUUCAACAUCGAAAGCCAAAACUCAGCCCACUCCUCUCCCUAAGCAGUCGGCUCCCACCACCUUCGGUGGGUCAAAUAAAAAACCUAUGAGCCUCGCUGCAGGCUUAGUGCCGGCUGCCCCACCCAAACGCCCUGCUGCCACCACUGCCAGGCCUUCCACCUUACCUGCAAAAGACGCAAAACCCAAGCCUGCUGCAGAGACAAAGGUUCCUGAGAAACGAACCUCACCAUCCAAGCUGGCCUCUGCUCCAGCCCUGAAGCCUGGCUCCAAGAGCACCCAGACUGUUACAAAAGCCUCAGCCGCUGCCAGUCCUGCCUCAGCUGGGCCAAGCAGUCGAAGCCCCCCAACGCCUGUGCCCAGGAGGCCCACCGCCAUCAAGACCGAGGGAAAACCUGCAGACAUGAAGAAGACAGCUACACAGUCUGCACCAGCUGACUUGAGUCGCUCCAAGAACACGUCCACCAGCUCCGUGAAGAAAAGCACCACUGUCCCUGGGGCCGCCCCCGUGGCAGGGGUGGCUCCCAGCCGAGCCAAGCCCACAUCCACCCCGCCCCGCCCCUCGGGGACGCCUUCCUCAGACAAGAAGCCCACAUCAGCCAAACCCAGCUCCUCUGCCCCUAGGCUGAGCCGCCCCUCUACCAACGCUUCUGCCCCUGAUCUGAAGAAUGUCCGCUCCAAGGUUGGCUCCACAGAAAACAUCAAACAUCAGCCUGGAGGAGGCCGGGCCAAAGUAGAGAAAAAAACAGAGGCAUCUGCUCCGGCUCGAAAGCCUGAACCUAACGCAGUCGCUAAAACAGCUGGUCCCAUUGCGAGUGCGCAGAAACCACCUGCUGGGAAAGUCCAGAUAGUCUCGAAAAAAGUGAGCUACAGCCAUAUUCAGUCCAAGUGUGGUUCCAAGGACAAUAUUAAGCAUGUCCCUGGAGGUGGUAAUGUUCAGAUUCAGAAUAAGAAGGUGGACAUCUCUAAGGUCUCCUCCAAGUGUGGGUCCAAGGCCAACAUCAAGCACAAACCUGGUGGAGGAGAUGUCAAGAUUGAAAGUCAGAAGUUGAACUUCAAGGAGAAGGCCCAGGCGAAGGUGGGAUCCCUCGAUAAUGUGGGCCACCUGCCUGCAGGAGGUGCCGUGAAGAUUGAGACCUACAGGCUGACGUUCCGGGCAAACGCCAGGGCCCGCACCGACCACGGGGCUGACAUUGUCUCCCGCCCCCCCUACUUCCCUGGCGGCCCCAGCUCAGGCACCCGGGCCCUUGGCUCCCUCUCCCGGGCUGCGAUCUAGACCCCACACGGCUUGGAUGCUGGGCAGUCCUCCAGGCCCUACCCCCUUCCCCCACCCUGCUUGCCCCCGGCAGCAGCAGACCCACUCCCAAACCUCCACUGCUCCCCGCCCUGGGCCCACUACUUGCUUUGUUCCUGUCCCAUCAUUGCACAUCGCUCUGCACAUGGGGUUGGGAGGUGAAUGGGCUGGGGAGGCCAACUUGGCAUCUUAUGGGAUCUAGGAGGGGGGGAACGGGAUUCCAACCUCCUCUUUGGGUUUUUCGGACCAAACCCAAGAGAAACUGACAUACCCACCCUCCUCGCUGGGCCCACUUGGAGAGAAGAGUGGAGCUGGACAGCUGCGCGGUGGCAGGAUGCUGACAGAACCCCCCGGAGCCCGCUAAGCCACUGCCUCUCCCUGUGACCCUCUGUGGUGCCCACUGUGCAGGUGGGGCCAGGCACCUCUUGCUGCCCUGCCCCAAGUUAGUUAGGGGUCAGCUCUGACUGUCCUCACUGCUUCCCAUACCCGCCUAGCUGCUGUCACACACUCUUUUCUUUUUUCUCUUUUUUUUUUUUUUUUUUUUUUUAAAUAACCUAAAAACUGGUAGAGGAGUUUUGCAGGUUGAAGCCAUGUCUAAAUGAAAGUCCUCAGUAGGUGUUAAAGGAAACAGGGAGGGGAGAUCCUUAAGCCUCCAGCCAGGAGGUCAGGCAUCACGGGCUGCCCUGGCCUGGGCAGCUUGGGGCCCCGGAGGAGGUGUGGGCACGGCAGGUGAGGUGCAGGGGCUGUAGCCUGGUGAGCAGGGAGGGCAUACUAGGGACUGGUCAGAGUGUGGGUCUGGUUGUUCUGGUAUUUUGUGUGUAUGCUGCUUUUCUUUUCUAACCAAGAGGCUGGUUUUGGCAUCUCUGUCUCAUUCCCUGGGAUGUAGUGGGAGGUACAAGUUUGGGGCUGGAGAAACAGGGAAGGACUCUGGAGGUCAUAAUCCUCCAGACUCGAAGGCCUAGGACACCAGAGCCCUGUUACCAGGAGCCCAAGAUGUCCAGACUCAUGUGGGGGAUGGGGAAUCAGGUGUGGAAAUUUCAAAAAGGCAGGAGACCAGCCAUCUCCCCCACCCCUAACAGCCUGACUGGGGAGGGGGAGAGGCGAGACCAGCCUGUGCAGGGGUGUCCCAGCUAGGCCUGGUCUUGGGACAGCUGCAAUGAUGAGAAAUCCCGGGAAUUGUAUUGACACGAAGAUUCUUAUUGCACUUGUAUUUUUUUUUUUUUGUAUUAAAGUUUGCAUGGUUUCUAAUAAAGGAUUAAAAUGUAACAGUUUGUAGUGAAAUGGCAGAGAGUCUCUGAGGGCGUCUCCUCUGGAGGAGCAUUUCCUGCAGUGCAGACUUGCCCCUUGAGGUCGCCAGACUUGGCCCCUCGCCGCCCCACCCCGCCACUGCACCUGUUGUCUCCCUUCCUGGAGCCCAGGAGGAAGGGUUCUUGACGUUGGUUCCGAUCGGACCUCCAUGUAGAGGGCGGGCAUCUGGGCUGGCAGGUUCUCCCACGUCGGAGGUAGCAUUUCCCUCAGGGAGGUGGGACACCACAUCCGCAGCUCCCCGAGCACGUGCUGCAGGGGGCUGGUGGAGAAAGCCUUCCCUGCACCAGAUGCUAGAGUGCCAUGUGCCAAGGACAUCGGGGCACCCUCGUCUUGUCAGCAGGAGAGGGACGGAAGGCAGCUGGGGAGGAAGUGGGGCAGCUGCAGGGCCGGAAAGUACCUGUACCCUCUUUAGCCCCGGGGCCACAGAUGCUGAGGCAGGUGACUGGCUCCCAGUCCGAGGGAAAGGCUGUGAGAAGUGAGCCUCAUGGGGAACAGUCUGUGUGGGCUAGUGUGGUCCCAGCUCCCUUGAAGCGUCCCCCAAGGCCGAGAAGGUGCCCUGACAGCAUGUGGGUGCAUUUCUGCACUUCCAGUUUGCUUCUGGCUCAGCCAUUGCCUGUGUCAAUCUGUGAUUCUGUUGUACUUAUCUCAAGAGUCAAUAAAGCUCAUGAUGUCCUACCGCA